CCUAUCGCGUUGGCUGUCCUACGUCUCGUACUCGAGCGUGGUGUGUGGUAGUUGUAGCUUUUACCGUCUACGUUAGCGCUCAGCGUCCCGUCUUGCUGAGGUAGAAACGAAGCGCCGUGGUCAAAAUUCCCGCGCUUUGCUGCCGGUGUGACGUCACGCGUGCAAGGACCUAUAGCAGCUCGCCUUGCUCAGGGAACCUCAACCGAGUGUGAGGUAAAAAUAUGGCGGAAAUCAUAGAUAUUCACAAGCUGAAGCUAGCGGAACUCAAGCAGGAAUGUCUGGCCCGUGGUUUGGAUGUGAAGGGUAACAAGAGUGACCUGGUGAACAGACUUCAGACGUACCUAGAGGAACACGCUGAAGAGGAGCCCAAUGAAGAAGAUGUCUUGGGAGAUGAAACAGAGGAAGAAGAACAGAAACCAGUUGAAGUUCCUCUUAAGCAGGAUGAACCUUCUGUUACACCCGAAGAAAAAAAAGAAGAUGAGAAAAAGUUGGUGAAAAUAACUGGUUCAAUUUCUGAAGUGGAUAGACUUCAGAAAAGAGCUGAGAAGUUCAGUGUUCCUGCUAGUGAAGACAGCAAGAAAGCUGCCCGUGCCAUACGGUUUGGCCUUCCAUCUACUGAGCAGAAAGGCCAGAUCACAGCAGUGAAAACCACGGUAAACAUGGACAAGCUGAAAGAGAGGGCUCAGAGAUUUGGCCUCAGUGUGUCACCUGUCACAAAGAAGGGUGAAGAUGAUGAGAAACUUAAGAAGAGAAAAGAGCGUUUUGGCAUAGUUACGAACUCCGCUUCUGUUACUGAUGAUGUUGAGGCAAAGAAGAGGAAAAGAUCAGAACGGUUUGGCAUUGUCUAGCACACCAACUUCCACUUACAGAUUUGUUUUGUUGUGCAUCACAAAAAGUAUGAAAGAAUCGAUUUUUUGUUUUUUAACUUUUUAGGAUUUGGGGGGGGUGGGCAUGGGGAAUU